CUCCACCACAGCAGACAGCGCCAGAAUCUGUUCGUUCGAAGAAGCCAGUGAACUGAUCACCGGAAAAGCUUUACUUGUUUAGUUACAUCCGGUUAGAAAGAACGCGCAUGAAGAAGAUAGCUAACAUAAUCGAACUACAGUUUUGUACGAUGCGAGGUUUUUAACCACCAAAAUGUCUCAACUAAAUGUGUUCAGGGAUUAUCUCAAUGAGCGAUUAACAACGGCAGCUUUGGAGAUAUUCGCGGCCGCUGAGAAAUCGUUUGCCAAAUUCGAAGAGGAGAUUUAUCGUUCAAAGGAGGAGAGCACGCGACUGCAACGCUUGUUGGACAUUGUUACUCAACCUGCGAUCAAGCUUCACCGAACAGAUGUGCAGCAGCUCUUUCUCCCGGAACCCCAACAGAUUAAAGAGGAACAGGAGCUGUGGACCAGUCAGGAGGAAGAGCAGCUCCAAGGACUGCAGUCUGAAACUACACACUCCGUGUUCACUUCUACCAGUGUGAAACACGACUGGGAUCAGGAAGGCUUUUCUGAAUGUUUACAUCUUGACCAAACUGUUAAAGUGGAGAACAGAGAAGGAGACUCUCUACCCAGCAACACAACUGAGGAGCAAAUCAAAGCAGAGCCUGAUGGACAAGACUAUGCAGCACCAGAACCAGGCAGUGACUCUCAGCCCCUCUCUGUUGUAUUUCCAGACUGUUCUACAGCUCAGAGUUUGGAGGAGGAAGAACAUGAAGGAGUGCUGCUUCUUCUGAACAGAUCACAAAACAAUGAGCUCUCUCUCCCGGAACCCCAACAGAUUAAAGAGGAACAGGAGCUCUGGACCAGUCAGGAGGAAGAGCAGCUCCAAGGACUGCAGUCUGAAACUACACACUCCAUGUUCACUUCUACCAGUGUGAAACACGACUGGGAUCAGGAGGGCUUUUCUGAAUGUUCACAUCUUGACCAAACUGUUAAAGUAGAGAACAGAGAAGGAGACUCUCUACCCACCAACACAAUUGUGGAGCAAACCAAAGCAGAGCCUGAUGGACAAGACUAUGCAGCACCAGAACCAGGCAGUGACUCUCUUCAGCCCCUCUCUGUUGUAGCUGCAGUCUGUCCUAGAGUUCCGAGUUUGGAGGAGGAGGAACAUGAAGGAGACCUGCUUCUUCUGAACAGGACACAAGCCAGUGAGGCUCUGCCAAGGCAACAUGACACAACUGAGGAGCAAAUCAAAGCAGAGCCUGAUGGACAAGAGUAUGCAGCACCAGAACGAGGCAGUGACUCUCAGCCCCUCUCUGUUGUAGUUCCAGACUGUCCUAUAGCUCAGAGUUUGGAGGUGGAACAUGGAGGAGUGCUGCUUCUUCUGAACAGGACACAAGCCAGUGAGGCUCUGCCAAGGGAACAUAUGCCACAGAGACGUCACGCAGGAAAAACAAAACAACAGUGUCAAGAAUGUAACAAAACUUUUAGUGGAAAAGGUGCUUUGGUUUUUCAUAUGAGGAAACACACAGAAGAUAAAUCCUAUCACUGUAAACAAUGUAACAAACCGUUUGCUAAGAAGGGUAAUCUGGUUAAACACAUGAAGACACACUCAGGAGAGAGACCUUUUCAAUGUCAGGAAUGUAGCAAACUAUUUGUUCGAAGGGAUACUCUACGUGAACACAUGAGGACACACACAAGCGAGAAACCAUACAAGUGUCAACAUUGUAACAAAUCAUUUUGUCUUCCAUAUGGUUUGGUUAUACACAUGAGGGGGCACACAGGAAAGAAACCUUUUCAGUGUCAACAAUGUAACAAACGGUUUUCUCGGAAGGGUAAUCUGGCUAUUCAUAUGAGGACACACAGGAGAGAAACCUUAUCAAUGUCAACAAUGUAACAAACAGGUUUCAAUGAAUAGUAGUUUGUGCACAUGAGGACACACACAGGAGAGAAACCUUUUCAGUGUCAACAAUGUAACAAAACUUAUAGUGAAAAAAGUGCUUUGUUUUUUCAUAUGCGGUUACACACAGGAGAAAAGCCUUAUCAGUGUCAACAAUGUAACAAACGGUUUUCUCGGAAGGGUAAUCUGGCUAUUCAUAUGAGGACACACACAGGCGAGAAACCUUAUCAAUGUCAACAAUGUAACAAACAGUUUUCAAUGAAGUGUAAUCUGGUUGUGCACAUGAGGAUACACACAGGAGAGAAACCUUAUCAAUGUCAACAAUGUAACACAGUUUUCAAUGAAGUGUAAUCUGGUUGUGCACAUGAGGAUACACACAGGAGAGAAACCUUAUCAUUGUCAGAAAUGUAGCAAACACUUUAUUAAAAGUAGUUCUCUGUAUUCACACAUGAGGACACACGUUUUUCAGACAGAGCUUCCUCCUUUUAUCUUACCAUUAAGAGUUCUCUUAAAUAGCAGUAAAAGUUCUUCAGUAAGAAUUUCCUCCUAAAACAUUCACAAGGCUGCUGAGACUGGUGGGAAUGGGGAGAAAUGUUGAGCUAAAACAAAGGAACUUGUUGCAAUGGAUGAUGUCAAGAAGCUUACUAACAAUGCCCACAGUGAUUGGCUAAUAGGGGGAUGGAUCUCUAAAGUAUGUCAUUAUAGAAAUAUUGUAUGAGAUAUUAAACAAAGGAACUUGUUGCUAUGGAUGAUGUCAAGAAGCUUACUAACAAUGCCAACAGUGACUAAUAGGGGGAUGGAUCUCUGUAAAUGAUUUCAUUAUAGGAAUAUUGUAUGAGGUAUUAAACAAAGGAACUUGUUGGUUUGGAUGAUGUUGGAAGAAUCAGAGGGGGGUCAGAUGACUGAGCAGUUAAGGAAACAGGCUAUUAAUCAGAAGGUUGCCGGUUCGAUUCCUGGCCGUGCCAUAUGAUGUGUCCUUGGGCAAGGCACUUCACCCUACUUGCCUCGGGGAGAAUGUCCCUGUACUUACUGUAAGUCGCUCUGGAUAAGAGCGUCUGCUAAAUGACUCAAUGUAAAUGUAAGAAGCUUACUAACUAUGCCCACAGUGAUUGGCUAAUAGGGGGAUGGAUCUCUUAAUUAUUUCAUCAUAGGAAAUAUUGUAUGAGGUAUUAUGUUGCAAUAUGUAAAGAUUUAGAUAUCACUUUUUUUCUAUA